AUGGGAUUGCUACAACGCAGCGGCUGAGGUCAAAUCUUAUAAAGGAAAUGGUUCGAUCGGUUGCAUACCUGAUUUCGGACCAUGUUAUUCCUGUAUGAACUGGAGUGAUGUUCCUGAUUCACUCUUCUACGAUUUCUGGCAGAUGACAAGUGAAGAUGUUGCUGCAUUGGAUUUGGAGGAGAACUAUUGUCGUUUCUUACGACCGGAUGCUACCACCCCACAGUGUGUUAUCAACCAAGAGGAACAUAAUGUUACAUACUUCAUUAACUGCAAUAUACCGCCAUGCGAUGCUCAUGCGGGAUGUAUGACCGGUAAUGGUAGUGAAUAUCGUGAUAUGGCAAUGUUUACUGAGACUGGACAUAGAUGUAUACCAUGGAUUGAUUUGAAUGAUCAACCUGUUAACCCAUACACCUAUCCUGAUGCUGGACUUUCUCAGAACUUUUGUAGAAAUCCAGAUGAUAAGGACAGGCCUUGGUGUUAUUUCUAUGACGACAACUCGAUAGCGUGGGACUACUGUCCGAUACCACAAUGUCAGGAUAAUUCUUUAGGUAACUUCACUCGUACAAUGAGUACUACCAUAAACUAUCGACUGUGGCCAUACAAUGAAUAUAAAGGCAGUGAUAUCGUCACAGCGGAGAAGUGCGCUCGUCUUUGCCUGGAGGAGACAUCUUUCAAAUGCCGUUCAUUUAUCUUCAAUGAGUUUCUGAAAUACAUUAAGAUGGUUGUGACGGACGCCCAUGAUGCCAUGUCGUUAUGUAUAUGGACCAAUGUAACGAUAUAUCACGUAUACACACGGGAUAAUUACAAAGAACCAAUUGUUGACCAGCAGUUUGAUCUAUUUACAAGGACAGAUUCAAUAUGUGACGCUUUCGAGCCAACCUCAUACCCAGACCUUUGCCCAUUGCCUCUCGGGAUGGCAUCGGGUGAGAUCAGCGAUGCUCAGAUACGAGCAUCAUCAUUCCUCGACGAGGAUCACAUGCCGUACUUCGCUCGGGUCGGUAAUUAUUCAUCAUGGAUGCCCGCGGUCAAUGAUCAGCAACCAUUCAUCGACGUCGUCUUCCCUUCCAGAAUGAUCUUUACUGGUCUUAUCGUCCAGGGAGAAGGCGUUGACGAUGGCGCGUUCGUUGAGAACUUUUAUGUCUUGUAUCGGAAUGAUGACCGCAUACAGAGCGCUUGGUGGUUUAUCAUGGACUUCAGCUUAGGUCAUCGUGAGAUUACUGAUGUGCUAUUCAGAGCGAAUGGAGAGCCCCAUUGUGAGCGGCCUAUAUACUUCGACCCACCGAUCCGAGCUGCUGAGCUCCGCAUCAUGCCUUAUGAGAAACAUAAAAACAUUUCACUCAGACUCGAAGUGCUUGGGUGUCGAGAUGAUGAUUGUGAUUUUACUCUCGGCAUGCAGAAUGGCCAGAUACACGCCAGCCAAAUUACGGCAUCAUCGAGUUUGAAUGACGCCCUCAACGCUCCAGCUAUGUCCAGACUACGUCCAUACGGUCAGCAAAGAGAUGGAAGUGGCUGGAUGCCUACAUCUUUUCACUCUCCAGGCGGUCACUAUGAUGCAUCAUCAGUACCAGAGGUCAAAGAAUGGAUUCAGGUUGACCUCAGGAAGAAAUACCUGAUCAAAGCAGUAUUGACCCAGGGGUGUGGUAAGCGAUGGGUAACAGCUUACAGUCUACGAUACUCUGAACAACCAGAAGGAGAGGGCGCCCCAUUUAAACCAUACAUGGUCGGGAAUGAAACAAAGAUUUUCCUCGCAAACAGCGAUAAUAAUACUGUAGUUCGUAAUAACUUAGAGAAGCCUACAGUUGCCCAGGUUAUUCAACUGGUAGUUCUUUUCAGCCACAAAGGAGUGUGUCUUCGUCUUGAACUUAUUGGAUGCAAACACCGACGAUGUGGGAGUCGUCUUGGUAUGGAAUCACGAUUCAUCAAUGAUUGGCAGAUCAAUUCCGAGGUACAUGAAUGGUUUGGUCCUCAUACCUCUGGUAGACUUCAUUUCCCUGAUGAAUGUUGGAUACCAAGCAGCUGGGGAGAUCAUCACUGGAUUGAGGUAAAUCUACUAGGUUACCAUACAAUCACUGGUGUCAUAACCCAGGGUGGAUACGACUCUUGGACCAGUAGGUACCUAUGGGGAGAGUACUACAGAUUACUCUACCGAAGCAAGUACCACAGUGACCCUACCACUCUAACUUCAGAUAGGAACAGCGAGUGGAGACUCUAUACUGACCGAUUCGGAGAUGGAGUGGAUUUCCCUAUGUACCCUGAUCCUCAUACUGAGAUGCGUCACGACCUUGAGAGACCAUUCAUUACAACAGCAGUACGUCUCAAUCCAAGGUCAUCUAGAGGACAGUUCUGUAUGAGAUUCGAACUCAUAGGCUGCAAACUAGUGGAUUACGGUCAGAUCUGUCCAGAAUCCGGUGACGAACAUGAAGGAUUCUGUAUGUAUACAGUCAACAAUCAGAAGGAAAAUGCCUGUGAUAAGAUCUUCAUGGAAGACAGCCAUCCUAUAUCAAUAUCAUCUCAAGAAACACAAAAUUAUCUUGAUGAUCACAAAGAGAAGUUUGAGUUACCAUACAGAUACCAAUAUGUGAUUGGACUGCGCAUGCUCCAAUCCCAGGCCCAACACACAUUCACAUGGCGAGACGGUACGCCGAUCACUUACGAUAACUUCCGAUGGACGCCCGAUCAGGUGGACAACAACUCGACCAUUGAUUGGUGCGUUUCUUUUGACAUGGAUGAUGACAUGAGAUGGCGUGCUUACAAAUGUAAAGAUGACCUUAUCUCGAGAGCAACGGUUUGUCAAAUAGACAUGGACGAGUGCUUAACUAGAGACAACGGUUGCUCUCAUGAAUGCAAGAACGUGGAGGGCAGCUUCCAUUGUCUUUGUCCCAAAGGAUACUACCUUGAAGGUCUUAAUGGAACCAAAUGUAUAUCCGUUUGUGAAAGUAAAUUCCGUUCCCUAUCGAGAGUAAGCUUAACACAGAACGGAACAACCUGUGAGUUUCAUGCUGACUUUGAUGAAUCACCGUUUGGUAAUACCACCUCAGCCUUAGAAUGUAGACCACGUGAUUCACUCUUGACCUCCGGAAGGGAUUUGAAUGGGCACGAAACAUCAGUAUCCCCACGGGACCGUCGUAACGCAGUGAAUCAUCGUCGUCGCUGGGUGUCCUGGUCUCCACCAGUGACGUCACCAGAUCCUACACCAAUGGUGGCCGUCGAAGAUGAUGGCUCAGCUAUCUGCUCUACAGAGUUUGCAUCAUUGUCUUGCGAGGAAUUAUGGGAGUCACGUCAAUCCGACAUUGAGACAACCUUACCCUUCGGUCUUAUUGAGUCAAUCAGUUUCCCCCCAUGGUACAACACAGCUCAGUGGUGUCAGAUGAGAAUACACGUACCGGAAGGUCAAAUUAUCAGGUUUACUUUUCAUGAAAUGAUCCUGAGACGUUCAAGCCAGUCUGCGGCUCUCUGCAUGGAUAAUCUGAAUAUAACCGACCAUAUUCCGAACCGAGGUUACAUGCUACGAGGAUCGUACUGCGGUCAUUUCCGUGACCUCAAGGUCAAAACAAGAUCAAAUGACGUUACAUUGCGAUUAGAGAUGGGUCCAUUGGAAUCAGGAAUGCCUAAGAAAUUAGGAUUCAUUGCAACGUAUGAUACACUGGAUUGUUCCCGAUCCCAAGAGGAGUGUGGUCCAGGUUGUGGCAUACAGGAACCCUUCACGUCAGAUACUGGAAACUUCUCUUUGGAGAAUUUCGGUGAUUCUAACGUUGCUCCAUUCUCAGUCUGUACCUGGACAGUCACACUACCUGAGGGGAAUUUCAUCUUCUUUAACUUCACCGACUUCGACAUCAAUCACGACGUCGAGUCCGGAGCUUGCGUCGAUUCGGUCGAGAUCGUUCCAACAGAACAUCGAUGGGAUGAAGGUCGCACACGUCAUGUUUUCUGUGGUCAGAGCGCCGCCUUCGUCAUGACUAACGUUUCUUCAGUCAUUGUGAUCUUCCAGACUGGCUUAGAUACCGGGUCUAGUGGAUUCCGAGUGUCUUAUACAUCGAAAGCCGUCCCUGGAUGCAACAUUGGAAACUACGACUCCACCAAGUCAGAGAUCCUGUGUAACCUUGACAAUGCAGCUAUUGCAUCGCCCUACUAUCCAUUACCAUAUCCAGUCAAUGCACGUCCAAGAUGGCGGAUCACCAGUAAACAUGGAACCUUCAUUCAGCUUCGGUUCGAUGACUUUGAUAUUAACUCUCACGGUUCAAGAUGCGAAGGAGACACACUAAGUAUCUACGAUGGGGCUACAGACAUGACUAAAUUGAUCGAUACAUACUGUAAUAACCAUCCUCCUCCUGAUGUUGUAGAGGCCAGUUUCAACACGAUGAUGCUGCAACUUAGAUCGGAUGGGAGUGGUAGUGGUAGAGGCUUCUACGCCGUCUACAGAGGUAUGACCUUUCAAGAGACAGUGGAAUCAGCGACCUCAGCACCAGAAGAAGGAGAGGUAGAGCGUCCUCCUGCUUCCGCUUCUUGUCCCGAAGGAUGGGAGAUGUACUCAAACAGUUGUUAUGCGUUCCGUCAAACUCAAACUGGGGUGAGAUGGACCGAUGCAAACCGGAUGUGUCAGGAGGAAGGAGCGCAUCUCGUCAGCAUAGGAGACAUCGAGGAGAUGCAGUUCGUUCAUGUCUUGUUGACAUCCAUCUGGUUCGCAGAGAACCUACGGACUUUCAUAGGUCUCACCUAUCAAAGUAACAAGCGUAUUCAUCGAUGGGUUGAUGACACUCCUCUGAGUUAUGCUGAUUGGUAUAUACCUGAUAGGAACAGUGACUGGGGCCUGAGACAGCCGAACGGUGGAGAUCUGGAACAGUGCGCCCUCAUCGAUCUAUUCAACCUUCAUUCUAUGAGUCAAUGGCAUGAUAUACCUUGUGCGUCUAAGAGUGCUAUGCAGAUGGUCUGUGAAAAACCUCUUACAAAAUCUUCAGAUAUUACCAUGAUGUCCAGUGUGCGUAUCGGACCUUACAUAUCCAAGGAAUGCGAUUCAAGCGCCGACUUGUUUGGUUCGUCAUGUAUUAGACUCCACCCACUUCACCGCAGUAGUGACACCCAAAAUGUGACGUCACCAAUAGAGUGCCCUGAAGGCUCAAACUUCUUAACAAACAUCGACCAAUCAAAGAUCAAGCAACUGAUUUUCUACGCAGAUUAUGUAUGGCCCGCCGGAAAUGACGUAACUUCUAUCCUUCUGUCAAAGAAAGAAUCCUCUUCGUGUCAGAUUUUGAAGAAAAAUGAACUAAACGUCUUUGAGAUGGAAUGGGCUGACUGCUCAGACGAGUUUGAUGCCUUCAUCUGUUGGGCGUUACCUAUAGAACCUGCUCGAAGCUGCCCUUCCCAAUUAUUUCGCUGUGGAUCAGGAGAGUGUAUCCAUAAUGUAUAUGUUUGUGACCAGCGAAAUGAUUGCAGUGACGGAAGCGAUGAAGACAUGGGUCUGUGUAUACCUGUUACUCAAAUGACAACCUCGCCCCCAGCCACUGUAAGCGAAGGAGAGGAAAUAACCUCGUCACCAUGUCGAAAGAACUUCUUCCAAUGUGGGUCAGGAGAAUGCAUUCCAGUGUCGUUCUUUUGUGAUUUCAUCAAGCAUUGUCAAGAUGGAUCAGAUGAAGAAAACUGCCUAUAUCCUAGAUGUUCUGAUGAUUCAUUCACCUGCUCUAACGGUCAAUGUAUUCCAGAGAGUCAAAGAUGCGAUCUUCUACCACAGUGUAUUGAUGGUUCGGAUGAAGAAGUUUGUGAAUCCUCAUCAGUUGGUUUUCAGUGCUACGACAGUACUUGGUUUCCUCAGCGAAUCAUUUGUGAUGGAGUCAAAGAUUGCCCAGGAAACAGCUGGGAGGACGAGCCUAACUAUUGUCGAUUUAACUUGUCGAGCUUCGAGUGUACAAGUGAAUUUCAAAUCCAAUGUCAUAACGGAGCAUGCGCAGAUCGGAAGACUACCUGUCUGUAUGACUUUGAUGAAUACGGACUGCAGAUUGGAUGUCGUGACGUCACCCACCUUAGGCAUUGUGAUGAUUUUCAGUGCAGUUCAUCUACUUUCAAAUGUCCGCAUUCCUACUGUAUACCAUUGAGGCGCCGCUGCGAUGGAACACGUGACUGCCCGACGGGAGAGGACGAGAUUGGUUGUGAUAACUACACCUGUCCAUCCGGAAGUUACCGUUGCCAUGGUGAGAACUUUUGUUUGAACCAAUCUCAAGUCUGUGAUGGAAUCAAGCAAUGCCCGGAUGGAGACGAUGAGUUCUUCUGUGGUAAACCAUGUCCACCUGGAUGUGAGUGUACCGGUCUAGCAUACACAUGUUCGGCUGAUAUCGGAUGGACCUUAGAAUCGGCUAGAGCUAUACCAGUAAAUACAAGGACUUUGAAUCUCAGCGGUGUGGCUUUGAGUGAAAGGAGGGAAAGAAGAUCUAUUCAAGUGAACAAGACGCUGGAAGAGGCUAUUCACAUUGACUUCAGAGAGUUCAAACUAUUAGCCGAAUUAGACAUAUCAAACAAUGAAAUAGAAGUAAUCAACCCUGGAUCGUUUUCUUCCUUGAUAAAUCUUUACAAAUUAGUACUGGCGAGAAACCAAAUAAGACAUCUGCAAAAUCGAACGUUUGAGGGACUUUUACACCUCGUUCAUUUAGACUUGAGCGACAACCCUCUGACUACUAUUGACCCAGGAACAUUCUUUCAUCUUGAUACCAUACCUGUCCUGAACUUAUCAUCUCUUGAAAUAGGGACUCUACAGCCACGCUCAUUUGAAGGCCUAACCAACGUACGACACAUAGCUUUACAGAACAACCCUCUACGUCGAAUAGAAACGGGAGCUUUUCUUCAACUCAAUACAACAGAGACGAUUGAUAUCAGAGGCUGUGAGGUAGACUCAUUUCAUCGUGAUGUUUUCCAAGGACUCGGAGAUUUGAAAACACUAUAUACCGACGAGUAUGUCUUCUGUUGUUUAGUAUCAUCCGACACGAGAUGUGAAGCUCCUGUGGAUCAAUUCUCCAACUGUCAGGAUCUGAUGCGGAACAGAUUCCUUCGAGUGGCCAUCUGGCUUCUUGGACUGAGUGCAUUGGUUGGCAAUGCGUUUGUCAUGUCAUGGAGGUGGAGAACAAGACACAAGGAACCAACCAAAAGGGUUCAGACAUUCCUUAUUCUUAAUCUAGCCUUCAGUGAUCUUCUGAUGGGGUUGUAUAUGAUCAUUAUUGGCAGUGCUGAUAUGUACUAUAGGGAGGAGUACAUGAUUCAUAAAGAGAAAUGGCAGUCUAGUCCAAUGUGUCAGCUGGCUGGUUUCCUAUCAGUCCUCAGCUCCGAAGCUUCAGUCUUCCUUGUUACACUCAUCUCCAUGGAUCGAUUCCUAGGCGUAGUCUUCCCUUUCAGUCGUUUCCGAUUCCACACCAAGUCAGUACGUAUCAAUGUCCUCAUCGCCUGGUUAAUAGCCUUCAUCCUCAGCCUGCUACCAAUCACACUCCGAUCGGCGUUCGGCAAUCGAUUCUACGGACGAUCAAGCGUCUGCCUGGCACUACCACUCACAGCUGAUCGGCCACCGGGUUGGGGAUACUCAGUGGCGCUCUUCAUAGGGUUCAACUUCAUGUCGUUCUUCAUCAUCUUCUGUUGUUACACGGUGAUGUUUGUAGCGAUACGCAGAGCAUCACAGCAGUGUACGAGACAGAGAGAAAGGACGGAAGAAAUCAAAAUGGCGACUAAAAUGGCGGUGAUCGUCGGGACUGAUUUCUGCUGUUGGAUGCCUAUUAUUAUCAUGGCCUUGCUCUCGUUAAGUGGUGCUGUAGAUAUACCUCAGGAAAUGUAUGCAUGGGUGGCGGUGUUCAUCUUGCCAGUAAACUCAGCAGCGAAUCCCUACCUCUAUACCAUCUCGACCCUGGAGCGCACCCGGGAGAAGAGUAAGGGAACACUCCCUACGCACAGCACGUGGAAGAGCGAGUGCACGCGAGAGCUGAGUGUGGGAGAUCUUGAGAUGGUCCGCUUUGUACGGCGGGACAGCGGGGCUCCUAAAGCUGUAGGGAACGAUCUCGGUAGUCCAUUCGUGAGGUCAAUCAACUUAGAUCUUUCUGAGAAUCGUGUGAUGCCUGUAGUCAGUAGUCGAUGUCGAACCUUCACCUUAGCACACUAUCUAGCCACACCGAGUCUUUAUUUAUCAGAGGUUGAUGUGAUGGUCAUUGAACGAGACAUCGGGCGGGCACUCGAGUUCCUUCAUCGGAAUGGCUACGUCCAUGGUCGAGUGACGGAAGAUUAUAUACUAAUUGAUAAGGUAAUACUCUGA